GCAUCCAAUCCGCGCAUGCGUCUCACGGGCGAGCGCAGCUGGGCAAAGAUGGCGGCGGGCUCCGAUUUGCUGGAUGAUGUUUUCUUCAACACAGAGGUGGACGAAAAAGUAGUUAGUGAUCUCGUCGGAUCUCUGGAGUCCGAACUAACCGGAGCGAGGCACGUCAACGCCGCCGCCAACGUCCCGCCGGCGACAAACCACGUCGGUAACUCGGCUGUCGGUAGUCGUUCCAAUGAGCACGGCAGCAAAAUGGGACUUUCACAACAAGAGCUCGCUAAAGCAGGGGCAGGAGUGCAAGGAGGUGUCAUCAACAGCACGGGGUCCCGCGGCGUGGACGGAGCAGCCGGCAACACGUCGAGCAUGACAGCCGCCCAGAGUCAGUCCAAGCCGGGCGCAGCUGGCGGGGUCGUCACGGUGGUGUCCGGUGUCGGGAAACCGGGAACGGUUGGCGUUCAAACUUUGAAUGGAAGUGCCGUGGUGAUGAACUGUCACAUCAUCAACAACAACAACAACAACAACUCCUCCUCCUCCUCCUCCUCCUCCUCGCAGCCAGCCGUCACGCUGAUUAACAACGGACCCGUUUCCGCGAGCAAAGGCAGCGCGACGGUUUUAACCGCAACACCAAGUGCCAUCGUCAGAAACUCGCCGACGAGUGCGCCCAACGCCGCUGUGGUUUCCUCCGUGAAAACGGUGCCCACCGUCACGCUCGUGAGGCCACCUAUGCAAACCCCGCCCACCGUCGGUGUCACCGGCGCCGUCGGCUCGCUCGUGCACAAACCCGAGUGCGCGAAAACUAUAACGCACGUCGUGGCGGCUUCGAGCGCGAGGAGCCCGACGGUGUUGCAGAACUUGAGGACUUCCGUACCGUCGCCCGUCGCCGCCGCCGCCGCCGCCGCCACGCCUCCUGGAGGAAUACGAGCCAUCGCUCCACAGGUGCUGGCCCCUCGGCUCGCGCAGCCUCAGCAGGGCGCCCCGAAUAUCCAGAACAUCCAGCUGCCUCCAGGCAUGGUCCUGGUUCGCAGUGAGAGCGGGCAGCUGCUGGUGAUUCACCAGCAGACCUUGGCUCAGAUGCAGGCUCAGUCGCAGUCCCAGAGCGCCAUGACACCGCGACCCGCGGCCCCCACCAGCACUCCACCUGUCCAGAUCACUUCGCAUCAGGCUCCAGGCGCGUCGCUGCUGACUCGUCCGGUGACCCCCACCACCAUUAUUAAACAAGGGUCCACAGUCCAGACCACUGUGACGGCCACCACCACAUUGCAGAGGCCUCCGGUACUGCAGAACACCAUCAUGCUGGGAGGGACCGCCACUGCCCCGGGACAGCCACUGGGAACGCCCGCCCCAGUGCAGCCUGGGUCUGCAGUCACACAGAGGGUCGCUGGGACCCACGUCGCUCCAACAGCUGUCUCAGCUGAGACGCUGGAGAAUGUGAAAAAGUGUCGGAACUUCCUGUCCACGUUGAUCAAGCUGGCGUCCGGUGGAAAGCAGUCCUCUGAGACGGCGGCCAACGUCAAGGAGCUGGUCAAGAACCUGCUGGAAGCGAAGAUAGAUCCAGAGGAUUUCACCAGCAGGUUAUACCGGGAGCUCAACUCCUCACCACAGCCGUACCUCGUGCCUUUCCUGAAGAGGAGUCUCCCAGCACUGCGUCAGAUGACCCCAGACCCAGAGGCCUUCAUCCAGCAGAGCCUGCUGCCUCUGCCCAGCACCACGGCCGCCGCCGCCUCCACGGCCCUCACCGCUGUGAUGCAGCGACCGCCUCUCUCCACCACGCCCGCCGCUCCGGCCGCCAGCGCCGCCGCCACCAAAACCACCGUUAUCAGCGUCACUCAGACACCUCACGGUAAACAGAUUGUGCCCCAGCAACAGGUUGUGAGGCCACAGGUGACGCUCGCUCAGUCUCCCAUGGUAACGCUCAGAGGACAAUCUCACAGCCGCAUCAUUGUGGGCCAUCCGCAGGUGGUCAAACAGCUACCGACAGCAAUGAAGCAGACGUUGGCUCCGGGGGCCAGAGGAGUGCAAGUGGUCAGUCAGGUGCAGUAUGCUGCUGCUCAGAGGAACAAGCUGAAGGAAGCAGGAGGGGCAGCCUUCAGGGACGACGAUGACAUCAACGACGUGGCCUCCAUGGCAGGAGUCAACUUGUCGGAGGAGAGCGCCCGUAUCUUAGCAACCAACUCUGUGCUUGUCGGCACGGUGACUCGAUCCUGUAAGGACGAGGCCUUCCUCGCCACCUCUUUGCUCACCCGGCGAGCUCUGGAGAUCGGUAAGAAGUUCGGCGUCGGCGAGCUGGGCGCCGACGUGAUCAACUUCAUUUCCCACGCCGCACAGCAGCGGCUGCAAAGCCUGCUGGAAAAAGUGUCUCAAGUGGCGCUGCAGAAAAACACGGCCUUCAAGGAGGACGUGCGGUGCGAGCAGGUCAGCGACGUGCGAACCCAGCUCAGGUUCUUCGAGCAGCUGGAUCAGAUGGAGAAGCAACGGAAGGAAGAGCAGGAGAGGGAGAUCCUCUUGAAGGCUGCCAAGUCUCGGUCACGGCAAGAAGACCCCGAGCAGCUCCGACUGAAGCAGAAGGCCAAAGAGAUGCAGCAGCAGGAGCUGGCGCAGAUCCGACAGAGAGAGGCCAACCUCACGGCGCUGGCGGCGAUCGGCCCGAGAAAAAAGCGGAAAAUGGACUCGCCCGUCCGGGGCGCCAGUGCAGAGGGCUCGGGGUCGGGCCCCUCUCAGCCGGGAGGCUCCGGCGCAGCGGGCUCCAGGCAGCCGAUGCGACAGCGCAUCACCAGGGUCAACCUCAAGGACCUGCUCUUCUGCCUGGAGAACGAAAGGGAGACCAGUCACUCUCAGCUGCUCUAUAAAGGCUUCCUCAAAUAGCACCGGCAUCCAAAAUAACUAGUCCCGCUCCCGUGGCAUUAAGGAAGCAGAGUCGGAACCCUUUUUUUCUGCCGCUACUGUUUUCUUCUUUUCUUCUUUCUUUCAUCGCCCCCACUGCUUAAUGAUGAGACGUCUAUCUGUGGGAGGAGAAUUAUCUGGAACACCGAGGAAACGUCGUCUUUUCUUUUAAAAAAAAAAAAAAACCUCUUCGAGCGCGGGACGUUGUAUUUCUCAGAGGAGCCAAAUAUUUGAACUCGGGCCCCUGAUUUCGGCGUGCCGUCUCUUCAACCGCACUUCAGUCAUGCACUGCCUCAUGCUGCACAACAACAACAAAAACAACACGUCUUUUUAACUGAACCGAGUUCCCCCGAAGACCCGAUGCUACUGAACCCUUUUUUUAAGUACAGUUUUAAUGCCCGCGGAUUGUUUUUGUACGGGAAACUAAUCUCGACGAGCCUCGUCAUCUGCUGAGUUGCCUUCUCAACAGAUUAAGCCAUAUGGAUUAGAGCGCGUUGAUCAGCCUCCGUACCUUCAUCUAUCCAGCGGGUUCCGUCUCCGGAGUCGUCGUCGGAGAGACGUGCGCUUUUGAUGUUUUUCCGCUUUCUCCGCUCGUCUCGGGCUCGAUUUUUGGAAACCAGGAAGUGGCGGUUCACGUGUCACGCAGUUGCGCACGACAGCGUUUUGGUUGGCGGCUACAAAGCCACUUUUUUUAAAAUUCAGAUUCAAGCACAUUUACUACACAGACAUGCGUGUGCGUUACAUUCCUAUCGAUAGUUUCCCCCCCCUCAUUUUUCAUUAAUUCCUUAAAAGACGAUACAUAAUUGAAUUAAAGGAACAGUACCUUCCAUCGCAGUGAACAACCGCUCCAAAGUAAUUGUUGUUUUUCCGCUCUUAUCUCUGCACACAUUUGAUUUCAAAAGUGUUGAACUGGUGGCUGCAGCUCUUUGUCCGCUCAUCUCUUAGAUCCAAGAACAGUGAAAGAUUGACAUUUGUGAAAACGAUGGCGUGGAAUCGGGCUCCCCGAACGAUGGCGCGGAAGAAGCUCUCUCGGCCGUUUCUCUUCCUUUUUCCCUAAAUGUCACCCGAAGAGCCGCCGACUCUCCAAGCACACACGUGCGUAAUGUGCGAGUACGCUUUUGACUCCGAAUGUUCAUUGCGAUGGAUCUCGAGCUCAUUUCAGGCGUUGCUUUUUGCCCCAAGAAAAAAGAAAAAAAGAUAUGGAUGGAUAAAUGGAUAAAAGACGUUGAGACUAGUAAUGUAAAGUAACCAGGCUACGUAGCUCGUAGGCUAUAUAAUGUGAACUUUUAAAUAAUUGAGGUUGGAGAGAUUUAUCCCAAUAAUAAUAUUAUUGAUCGUAGUCAUUUUCCUCCAAAGUCGUAUGUCGACAUCCUUUUCUAUUUAUGAAUACCGGAGGAUGUUCAUGUUCGUGUGGGCGUGACGUGCAGAACGCUGGGCUGCACUUUGACUGAUCACUUUUCUAAAAAAAAAAAAAUAAAUACCCACUUUAUAAGUUUUUUUAAAAUAUUUUUUUGUAAUAUUUGUUUUGCGCACAUACUAAUAUUGGUCUUUCUACCGUUGUCGUUUUUCUGAAAGAAUGUUUCCCGGCAAAUUUUAUUACUGUAUAUAUUUUAAGUUUGCCGUUUGUAGGUUUAUCAGUUCAAAUUGGGCAAAUUUGUUUUAAACAAAUACGACAAAAAAUAUGAUACUUUCUUGCCCAAUAUCUUGUAAAUUUUUGCACAGCCACUUGUUUAUAUGUAAAUAUCUGAAUAAAAUGUAAAAAAAAAAAAAAAAAAAUGUUUUUAACUGCUAUUUUAUAAUGGAUUGAAAGAGAAUGAUCUCUUAUUAAAACCAA